AGUGUUCGAAUGGAGAUGACGACAACGUGCGGGGUAACUCUGAUGUGGUACUGGAUGUACAUCAUCAUGAACUAUGAAACGUAUUCCGGAGCUGUUCGUUCGGGUCUUGUCUACUGUCUACGCAGAGGGACGGCGGAACAGAGUAGAAAAAAAAAUUAUAUAGAACGGAAAAUGACUAGUAACGGCAUCAUGUCACUGACACUGCGGCUGUUGCUGUUGUCAUCGACCUUGGUGACAGUAGCCGUAGCUCAGUCGAACUACGAUCAGGUCGAAAAUAGCAUCGAAUUCCCAAGUCCAGAUCGGGGCCUGCCUGAGUCCACGGUGUUGGACGGCAAGGUCACCAAGCUGGACGAAUUGGCCCCAGUUAUUUUUUUGAAUAGGACCAAAGCGGCGCUAAACUGUGCCGCCGGAUUUAUGCAGAUCGAACUCAAGUUCGAAGAACCAUUUUACGGAAGAGCUUACGCAGACUUCGACCGGAGCAGCGCAUGCACUGUGACGGGUAAAGGUAACAACACAGCCAGGAUCGAUUUGCCACUAAAAGGAUGUGGUACAAGACAAGAUCCGCAAAGAGUUUUUACCAACAAUAUCGUAGUCAGGUUCCACCCUUUCUUAGAAAUGGACGGUGACGAAGUGGUAACUAUAGUGUGCAGAUAUCCACCGCCCAUCGCUCCACCACCAGCUGGAAUACCUAAUAAAAUCAUUGAUUUACCGUCGACACCACUAGAACCACCACUUAAGGGCUUCCAUCUGUUGAUUGUGUGUGGCAUACUAUUUCUGUCGUUGGUCUUGCUAGGCCUUGGCUGUUCAUAUUACUGCCUGCGCAACCAGCAAGUGCAAGUGGUCCGCCGGCAUCCUUUGUCGUCUGUAGGUUCGGAUAAACUGUCAGACUCCAGCUUGUCCAUGUUCGAUGGGCUGAAGAUACCACGGGCCCGGGCUCCAACACUGGACAGCUCUUCCGGUUCAGAAAUGGCUCUGGUCAGCGCCGGUGAUACACUUCCCAGUGACUACCCAUCCGAAUCACCCAGUUCCGGACAUUCGGAAGCGGAAGACGUGGAUGGUCGUAGUUUGAGACAAUCGCCAAGUUCCGGUGGAUCGUAUGAAAAUCGGGCGUUCCAACAAGAGUAUUACGCUGAACGGUACCAACAUUUGCCGGCACCGACUAUCACUCCACCACCACCCCCAGUCCAACCGAAGUUCGACGUUCAGCUCCGUGUGAAACGAGCUCCACCUCCUACACCAAGCCCUACACCACCACCGUCCGAAUCCGAGGCAAGCGUAGCGGCCUUAGAACGAAACUUGACCACCAUUCUAGAAAAGGACGAGACGAUGUCGAUGACCACUUCGACAGCAGCAGCUGAAGAGCGGUACCGACCAGUGUAUUCGACGGUUGUGCGUAAGGACAGGGACGAGACUGAAUGGUAUAGAACGGAAGAGAACGUUUCGGUUUCCAACUCAGAUAUCAGAAAGUCACCGCCACCACCUCCGCCAAUGGUGCAAUUACAUACAACGGACCACAAUCAUCGGUAUGCCACCACGUCCAAGUAUACGACUGAGAUGCAAGUGGAUGUCAUCGAACCGCCCGUGGUGCCGACCAAACGACCAGAAAUCACGUCACACACGGUUGAUGAUGUGUUCCUUAAAACGAUAACUGAAAAGAAAACGAUCGAAGACAUCGAACGGCAUCGUCGAGAAGUGGUUGAAUAUAAGCCCCGACCGGUGCCGCCGCCGGCCAGCUGGGAUGUGACCAUCAAGAACUACCCGAAUCCGGACGCUUUGUACCCUCAGUCUGGCGAAGAUACUGCCACUGACUGGGAUAGUUACUCCGAGGCAUCGUCAGUGACUGGUUAUCCGCCUGCUGGUGUUGACCGCCAGUCGAGGAUUCAAUCAUAUAACACUAACGUGAUGUCGACCGCCACUGCCGAAGAGAAUCACAUUAGGUACCUGAGCACCAUGGACAUUCCGGUGCCAAAGCCGGACAACUGGGAAUCGUUGGUCCGAGUCUUGGAACCGGAACCUGAAGAACCUAACGCCAGGUAUAGGGUGGAGCAGACAUUGACGUUGGAUGACAAACGUAAGUGGCGGCAGAUCAUCACUACCGAGUCGACACUUCGUCAGCUCAUCACUGAGGCAACUGUCCGGGAAGACUUCGAGCGCAUCCGCAGCGAUCCCAAGUAUGAAAGGAUAUUCGAACCAGAAAAGUGGGACGUUAUCAUACGCGUGAUUGCACCACCACAGCAUUAUGACCAGAAGACUGCGGGCUCGUCCAACAGGUACACCAAGAAGAAGACCGAGUUUGAAGGAGCCAGAACCAGAAGGAACUCGCUGCCCACCGUCUACGAAUACGAUUCUGACGGCGGGUCCAGCGUGAGAACGUUGACGGCAGUCGAUGACAACGGCCCUCUGGGACCAGCCCGAUCAAGAAGAACGUCCAGAUCAAGCUUCAAAUCUGACAUGGACGUUAGGUCAAUGAGCGAGAUGAUGGUGGACUUCAGACGACCGGAAAUGCCUGACAACUAUAGCGACGUGAGCUCGGCGUACAACUACAAUUACCAGCAGAAUCAGCAACAGUACCAGUACCGUCGGGGCGGUUCAUCUUAUUACGCCGACGACGACGCCGGCAGUCUGGUUCGGUCGCUUAGCCAACCGUCGCUUGCCCGAUCCGCAUCCGAAUUCACUGAGAACAACUGGGGACUUCGGAUCCGAUCGUAUGAAGACGGCGACGACCUGAGCAGCCCGGACCACACUCCCAGGUCUUCGUUCAGGUCGACUCGUGGUCCGCAGCAGCAACAAGUGCAGCAGUCGUAUUCCACAGAGACUACCUCUGGAACGAACGCGACUACUAGGAGGAUGUUCGGCGGUCGUACUGUGUCAGCGGCAGAGUGGUUCCACGAUUCGGACGAAAACGACGCCACUUACAGAUGAACAAAAACCGCCCACAUACCUGCCAGCUGCAGACGAUUUAAUAAAUUAUAUAUAUAAUUUUAUAUCGUGCGAAGAAUUUACCCUCAGCAGAACUCGCAUAUAUAAUAAUAUAAAUUUAUAUAUAUAUGUAGUAUACACAUAUAAUUACUAAAUAAUAUGUACCUCAUAAAUUUGAACCCCCCCCCCCCCCAGAUUUCCAUUUUGAAAAUCGUUUUUCAGUUCUUUUUCGAUUUUCUGUACGAUUAUUAAUUUUAUUUUUAUUAUUAUUAUUUUUGUUAUUAUUUCGACGGGACACAUUGUUUAAUGCGUGUCCCAGCUGGUCAGGUGCAAUAAUUCGCGUACUAUACGUUAUACAAUAAAUUAUGUCACCAAACAUGAGCAAACCUCCCCUAAUCGCCCCCGUCUCUUAAACCACCCGUAAGCAGCUCAUUAUAUAUAUAUAUCAUGUACAACCAUAUUUUAUAAUAUCGCCCUGCAAAUUAUGACUCUCGCGGCAUAUUAUUAUUAUUAUGAUUGUCAUAAUAUCGAUUAAUUGUUUUAUUAAUUUUUACUAACUAUAUUAUAUAAAUACAUCAUAAUAAUAAUAUAAUAUACUUAAAAGAAAAUGUGUUAAACGAGCUGUUGAACAGACUAAAUAUCGAUGGCCGUUUCAGGGUUAAUUCGACAGAAGUUUAUUGAUAUUAUGAUAUAAUUAUAAUAUUAUUAUUUUUUUUUUUAACAAAGUUAAAUUUACAAUCAGGAUACCACGCGAUCCGCUAUGUGCCAAACUAACUAAUAAUUUAAUUCAUAUUAUAUUAAAUAUAUAUUUAAGCAAAUGUAGACUCGUACUCGUUACGCAAAUUGUUAUUCUACACACGUGCAACAGUCUUACACUGAAUGUUUAUUUUAUCGUGAACCAGGCUAUUAUUGCGAUAUCGAGGGAAAUCAUUUUUUGUAAUAACUUUUUUUGUAAACAUUAUAAUUUCUAGUAUUUUAAGACAUUGCCUGGUUCACGAUAAAAUAUGCGUUUAAAUAAACGUUUCAACGUUGACACUUUAUUGUUUUUUUAACUUUAGAUACUUUACACUCAUCGAUUUCCCUGCGAUAAAUCGUUUUGUGUUCCUAGCCAUUUAUAAUAGACGAAUAUCGUGUUUAACUGAUUUUAUUCUCAAACGAAACUGUGAUAAUAUGGGCGCAAUUAUUUAACCCAUGUCCGUGUACAUCUCCUUAUAACGUCUACAUAACUAUAUAUAAUACACUAUUAACCAUUACCUAUAAUAACAUUGUAUUUUGUUUUGCUCUUUUUUAUUCUAUAACGAUUCUAUACUUUUUGCUAUACAUACGUGUCGGUUGAAGUAUAAUGUAACGAGUACAAUUUAAUACGAAUUGUCUUAAAAGUCAUAUUAUUUUUACAGUUAAUAACUUAUUAACGAUUAGUUUGUAAGUAAAAUGAAAUCUAAAAAAUGUUCAAUAAGAAUUUUCAUUGUUCACUUGUACUCAUUUUUUUUUUUUUUUUUUUGUUAAGUGAAAACUGGAAAAUCUUGAUUGACUAUAAACAAUGGAUAGACUAUUAAUUAUUAUACAUUAUUAAUAAUAUUGUAAUAUUUAUAAUAAUAUGCAAAAUAAUAAAUCAAAAUAUUUAUCAUUGUGAAA